AUGAGUGGAUAAAUUUCUUCUUCUGAAUCAGAAGAAACUUCUUAUAUAUAAACUGAAUAAGAACGAAUUCUUAAGAGUUCUAAUAUUUUUAAGUAAAAAGAAUAAUGCAAUAAUAUUUGUGCAAAGCAUCCAAACAAGAAAGUAAAACAAUAUUAUAAAAUAAGGCUAAAUAUUAUGUUUAAUAUGAUUAGAGCAAGUUAUUUUGUUCAAAAUGUGCUUUGAAUUUAGCUCUAAAAGGUUUAAAGAUAGAAGAAACAUAGGAAAAAUAGCCUGAGAUAUAUAGAUAAUAAAGAAUACAUAAAUUUUAAGAUUAGUUAAUAGAAGUUCUAAAAUAAUGUUCUAAUAAGAUAAUUUAGUUUAAAGAUAUAGAAAUGAACGCUUCAAAGAAAUUAAAAGAAUAAAAAGAAAAUUGUCGUUUAUUCUUUGAAUCUGUUAUCAACAUAGCUAAUUAAUUGAAAUUAACUUAUUUAUCAAAAUUUGAAACUGAUAAUCUAAGUUCUUUGAGUUAGAUUACUGAAAAAAUAAAUAUAAUUUAAAAGAUAGACAUUUAGUUGAAACAAUUUGAGAUUGAUAUAACUAAAAAUCAUGAGAAUAUUGUAAAGAAUAUGGAAAUGAAACCUUUUGAAGAUAUAAUGAAUAAAUAUGAAAAAAAAGUUUAAUAAAUAAAAGAAUAACUUCAAGAAUUCAAUUAAGAUUAUUUUUAAACAUCAAUUAAAUUUGAACAAAAUUAAAUCUUAGCUGACAUGAAUAAAAUGUGUUACAAUUUAUUAUUAAAAAAUGAAGAUUGCUCUGAUGAAUAAAUAUCAAAAAAAAUUAAAUACGAAAAUAGUCCAAAAAUACAAUAAAAAACUGCAAACUCUCCAGCAGAUAUGAAAGUUUUUGAACUAUUGGAAGGGGAGGAUAUAUAUUAAAGUACUUGUUCAAAUCCAAUUAAAGAUUAAAUAUAAUCUCCUAUAAAAAAUUAUACUCAAUUAUUGUAAUAAUAAUAAAAACAAAAAGGGAAUACAUAUUCUAAUCCAGGAUCAACAAUAUAGAAUUCAAGAAGAGAGAGUAAUACAAAUACACCAGAAAGUUGGUAAUUUAAGGCAUGUUUAGAAAGAAAAAAUCAAUAAGUAACUCCAAAUGAUAGAGAAAGUUUUAAACAUAACAUUAGUGUAGGGGAAUAAAUAAGUAAUUAUUAAUCCAUGAAUAAUUAAUUGGAAUUAAAUGAAAAGUACUAAAUUUAAUAAAAUGAAAAAUAAAAAACAACAGUCGAAGUAGAUAAAUUAGAAGAAUAAAAAAAUAAAGUAUUAAUUAAUUAGUUAUAUAUCCAAAAAUUUACAAAAGAUACUGAUAGAAAAAGUUUUGAAGAUCGAGAAUUAACUCCUAAGCAUUAGAAAAACUUAACCAAUGUUAUACCAUAAACUUUUAAAUUAUUAGCAAAUCAUGCAAGUCAAAAAUGUAAAUAUUUAAUUUUAUUUAAAGCCUAAUAUGAAUAUCCUUAAGUAAAUAAUAAUUUAUUAGAUUAAAAGUGUUAAAAAGAAGUUUCAAAAACAAAUUAUGAUUCAUAACCAUAAUAAAAAUCUUUAACUUCUCUUCAUUAGGAACCCUUAUCAAGAAUAAAUAAUUAACAGAAUUAAAAGUAGGAAAAUCAUUUCAACCGUAGAUCUAAUUCAAAAUAACCAAAAUAACCUUCAUUAGACUAAAUAGAUGGAAAAAGAUAAUUUAUACUUGCUCAUAUGAAUGUUUAACAAUAUACUUCACAACCUAUAUAAAAUUCAAAUGGUGAAGAUACAUUAAAAGAUAGAAUUUUUAAAGAAUUAUGUAGUCAUCCUGGAGAAUCUGUUUAUAAUCAAGUUUUAAAAUUAAAUUGCCAAUCAAAACUAAAAAAUUAGAAAUAAACUUCAAAAGAAAACUUUGAAUAAUCAACUACUGUAAGAAUGAAGAAUUUAAAUGGAUAAUUAUAUGCUAAAAAAUAAUCCUAUUAAUAAUGA